CGCCACCGUCUACGAGAAUUGAAGAUGUUCUAGACUUUAUGGGGAAGCUUCCAGCAAAUCAUUGCUUGCAAAUUGUAGUGGCAAUUAAAUACAAACUUAUAUAUACUGAUGGAUUUGUUAUCGUUGUCUGCCUGACCUCCAUUGUCCGGGAAAGCAUGUCAAAGUCUCCAUAGGGCAAUAUUUCCAGACCCGCUACGGACUGUAGGAAAACAUACGCGACUCUUAUCGUCAGUCCCAAGUCCCGGAAGUGAACCCACAAACUUACCUCAGAACGGAGUCUCGAGUGGGACCCGUUGACUCUCUGCUCUCUAGCCAGACCAAUCAACAAGAUUCCAUUUGUGAAUCUAAUCGCCGACCCUGAGCUUUAAGCUUCGAGCAAGAAUUCUUCUCGUCCUGCUGCAAACCGAACCGAGUUUGCCCCGAACUUGUUGACUCUCCUUAGCUGUCAAGUCUCCUUCUCUCCUUUUUACACCGUCUUAUCCAUCUCUCCUUGGUCUUCAUAUUCCUUCCAAACCCUGUAUUACCUACCACUGAAGUCAGAGACCUCAUUUUAAUCACAACUCCAAGAUGGCCUCUGCCUCUCGUCAGAUCCUUCGGGCUGCGUCCCGCGCCAGCACCCGCACCGCGUUCGCCCCGGCUGCAUCACGCGGCCUCGCCGCCCGCACCAUCGCUGGCCGCCGCUUCUACUCGUCUUCGUCCGAGCCCGCCAAGGCCUCGUCGUCCAACCUCGGCUGGAUUGCCGGUGCCCUUGCCGCCGCUGCUGCUGGUGCCGGUUACUGGUACACCCAGAACGGUGGCGCCGCCACGCUCACCAAGCCCGAGUUCAAGGACUACCAGACCGUGUACAACGACAUUGCCAGCCGCCUCGAGGAGAACCCCGACUACGACGAUGGUAGCUACGGCCCCGUCCUCGUGCGCCUGGCUUGGCACGCUAGCGGUACCUACGACAAGGAGACCGGCACUGGCGGCAGCAACGGUGCCACCAUGCGCUUCUCGCCUGAGGGUGGCCACGGUGCCAACGCUGGUCUGAAGGCCGCCCGUGACUUCCUGGAGCCUAUCAAGGCCAAGUACCCCUGGAUCACCUACUCUGACCUCUGGAUCCUUGGAGGCGUCUGCGCCAUCCAGGAGAUGCUGGGCCCCAAGAUCCCUUACCGCCCUGGUCGCUCCGACAAGGACGCCGCUGCCUGCACUCCCGACGGCCGCCUGCCCGACGCUGCCCAGCGCCAGGACCACGUCCGUAACAUCUUCUACCGCAUGGGCUUCAACGACCAGGAGAUCGUUGCCCUGGCCGGCGCUCACGCCCUGGGCCGCUGCCACACCGACCGCAGCGGCUUCGACGGCCCCUGGACCUUUUCGCCUACCGUGCUGACCAACGACUACUUCAAGCUGCUGCUCAACGAGAAGUGGGAGUACAAGAAGUGGGAUGGUCCUAAGCAGUACGUCGACAGCAAGACCAAGAGCCUCAUGAUGCUGCCCGCGGACAUGUGCCUCAUCGAGGACAAGAAGUUCAAGGAGUGGACCAAGAAGUACGCCGACGACAACGACCUGUUCUUCAAGGACUUCUCUGCCGCUGUGCUCAAGCUGUUUGAGCUCGGUGUGCCGUUCGCCGAGGGUACCGAGAACCAGAGGUGGAUCUUCAAGCCCACCAGCGAGUAAAGAAGCAAACUCGGAUUUUAUGGGGACUGGUUGGGGAGGACUUGAUGGUUAGACUUGUUAGAAUUUUUUCCCUUUUUAUUUUCUUUUUUAGAAGGCUAGACGUGGACCACUCCAUAUACCCAGAUGGGGGGUGGGGGUGGACGAGACGGUGGGGAGAAGCUACUCCCUCGAAGAUUUGUAUAAAGCAGAGCGGUCAUCGCGACCAUUUGAAGAUCUCUUUUGUGUAAAGAGUGUACAAUACAGUACUUUUUUUUUACGUGGCAACUUGCUGAG